AUGUUGCUGUCAUUUCAAAGUUGAAUUUUUGUGUUUUUGGUGCGAAAAUAUCGCGCAUUUUAUUCGUUUAAUUCGUGGUUCCUGCUACAGUUAAAAUAUGAAUUUCAGUUUUGGAAAUACAACUGGAGCGGCACCAGCUGCAGGUACAAAUCCAGUGACUACUGCUAGCACAGGGGGCUUCAGUUUCGGUGGAACCGCGUUCGGAACGGCGAGUACGGCACCUGCAUCGGCUGCUGUUCCGGCAUCUUCCGCUCCAGCUCAGCCGGCACCGACAUUGACUUUCGGUUCGAGUGCUCCAGCAGCCACGACAACUGCUGCUACGGCUGCACCGGCUACUACUAGUCAGCUAACAUUGGGCAGUUUUGCAGCACCAGCCAAACCCGCUGAAUCCACUCAACCGGCUACUAAUUUAACCACAACAACACAAACUACACAGUCGGCAUCCGCUUCUGGCUCGCAGUUAAACUUCUGUCAACUAGAGGAAUUCAUCAAUAAAUGGACAUUAGAGCUAGAAGAGCAGGAAAAGCUUUUCACCAACCAAGCCACACAGGUGAACGCCUGGGACAAAUUACUUCUGGGCAACGGGGAGAAGAUAGUAGCUCUGAAUGAAGCCGUAGAGAAAGUCAAAGCCGAACAGGACGCUAUGGAGCAGGAAUUGGAAUUCAUCACCGCCCAACACACUGAACUCGAAGAGUGCAUCAUUCCAUUGGAGGAGGAACUUUCCAAAAUCUCCCAGGUCGAUAUCGAACGGGGUCAAACGUAUUCCAUGGCCGAGACGCUUGAUUCACAGCUGAAACAAAUGUCGGAGGAUCUGAAGGAAGUCAUUGAACAUCUGAAUGAGUCUAACAAAUAUUCGGACCCCAGCGAUCCACUGGUGCAGAUCGGGAAGAUUUUAAACGCCCAUAUGAACACGUUGCAGUGGAUUGAAUCCUCUACAUCCUGUAUCACCACACGGCUCGAUGACAUUGGAAAAAUGCACGACACUCUGCGGAAAGAUAACGAACGGUCCUUCCGAUUGACCUACUAUGACAAUUAGUUUAGGGUAUUUUUUGUAAUUUUGAAUCUGAAGAUAAACGCUUAAAAGUUUCACUCAA